GAUGGCAGUAUGUCCAGAAAUAAAUGUUUCAAUGACACGUGAAAGUCCAGAAAUUAAUGUAUCAACAAUGCGUGAAAGUCAAGAAAUUAAAGUAUCUGCGAUACUCGAAAGCCCAGGGAAUAAUGGAUCACCGAUGCGCGAUAGUCCAGAAAUUAAAUUAUCAAGGAUACGCGAGACUCCAGAAAUAAAUGUAUCAACAAUACGCGAAACACCAGAAAUGAAUGUAACAAUGGUAGAGAAUCCAGAUAAUGAUGUUGGAGCGAUGGAGGAGUACCUACCAAUUCCUCCAAGACGAAGCAGGAGAAGAAAAGAAUAUAGUCCAUCGGAAUAUAGUGAUAUAUCUGGGGAUGAAAUACCCAUUCCUCCCCAAAGAUUCAAAAGAAAAACAAUAGAGAAACUACCGGACAAAGUUCUGCUAAACAUAUUCUCGUACCUGUCGCACCGCGAGAUAUGUCGCAUGGCCACGGUAUGCAAGCGGUGGCGAAUGGUAGCCUACGACACCAAACUCUGGACCCACGUCAGCUUGCGACCUGAGAUAUCCGGACUGCAUGUAGGUUCUCUCGAAUCUUUGCUGGCACUGAUAUCUAUAAGAUUCGGCCCCUCGCUGCGUUACAUCGAGCUGCCGAUCGAGCUGAUUACACAUACAGUACUGCACGAGCUGGCCUCAAAAUGCCCUAACCUAACUCACAUGCUGCUGGAUUUUAGUACAGCUAUGCAGCUUCACGACUUCUCAGAGAUGCAGGCGUUUCCAACAAAGUUGCGUUACCUAUGCAUUUGCCUGUCGGAGGUAAUCUUCAUGGAAGGUUUUAUGAGGAAGAUAUAUAACUUCAUCAAUGGAUUAGAAAUAUUACAUCUUAUUGGAACAUACGAGAAGGUUGAAGAAGAAGAGGAGGAAAUAUACGAAGUGAUCAAUGUCCACAAACUGAAAUCAGCGACACCGAAUCUCCGAGUCAUCAACUUGUACGGCAUUAACUUCGUGGAUGACUCCCACAUUGAUGCAUUCAGCUCCAACUGCAUACAGCUGGAAUGCCUCGCUGUCAACUACUGCAAUAAGGUCACGGGUUCCACCAUGAAAACACUGUUCCAACGCUCAAGGAGGCUGACUUGCUUGCUCAUGAACGGCUGCAGUUUACAUUCAGAGUACGUGAUGCAAGUGGAAUGGGAGAAAUCCUCCGUCCAGGAGUUGGACGUGACAGCCACAGACUUGUCCACGGAGUGUCUGAUCGACAUGCUGACCAGAAUCCCGAACCUGAGGUUCCUGAGCGCAGGCCAGAUAAACGGCUUCAAUGACUCCGUUCUUAAAGCUUGGCUGGAAUCCGGAACUGCUAGGAACCUAGUCGCUCUAGAUGUGGACGCUUCAGACAACUUAACAGACGAGGCGCUCCAUAGGUUCCUGUCACGCCACGGCAGUCAGUUAUGGGGACUAGUGUUAAGUGGAAUGCCUCAUAUCACCGACCAGCUGUGGCAGAGCGUGCUCCAGUUACUAACUAAUGCAAAGAUCCUCAUCAUGGGAACACAGGAGAGGCUUGGUGUCAAUAUUCACGUUGAUCAGCUAAUGGAUGGCAUCGCCAACAAUUGUCCGAACCUAGAGCGUCUGGAACUCCGCUGGGACCCGGAGAACCUGCGGUUCAGCGACAAGAGUCAGAAGGCCAUCGACAUCCUACGCGUCAAGUGUCUCAAGCUAAAGUGUUUGGUGCUCAGUGACGGCCGUUAUUACGAAAUCGUAAAAGCGAACUUCGAGCGUGCAGAUCGCACCACCGUCGUGAGAACGUCUACCAACUGCAGAGUCUCCAACUAUUACCUAUUGUCAAACUACAAGGACCUUAUAUUCAACUGAUACUGAUACUGUUACUAGACAAAUUACUAGCUACAUCCAGGGAAAAACCUAUACAUGGGCGCGUUUUUACUGGUCGAUAACUAAGUUGAUACAAAACAUUCGGGGAAGUCCCGGAGAGAAAAGAAAUUCACCUGUCAAAAAAAAAUCCCAAACGGUCCCAAAACGACAUAAAAGAAAACUGUUUCCGGAACGCAGAACUUAUUGCAGGUUUUUUUUUGAAAGCACCCGCGCCUCCGUUCUGUCGGCCAGUAAAAAUAAACUCUUCAAAUUUUAGCAUAUGGGAAUAAUAAUUGUAUGAUUCCACGAGAGAUUGGUACUACGACUUCGAAAUAACUUAUGGUCAACCUCGAAUGUCGAGGUCUAGGGGUAUGGCCCGACGGUAUUUUAAAAGGACACUACAUCAAUGUUAUUUUAAUGAAGACUAUUCACUAAUAUCUAUUUUCUAUAUUCAAUCUAUCCAUUAUCUAAAGAUUGAUUAGCUUAGCGUUGUUAUUGGUAAAAGUCAAAGUCAAAUAUUUAUUUAAAUACCUUGAUGGCACUUUUGAUGCGUAAAUUACGUGUAAAAUAUGUACAUAGAAGAGAGUUGAUGGCCAUAUCUAAAUUCGUCAAUUUGAAACUAAAACAACUUUGCUGAGCAACUUGUAGAUACAUUGAAAAUAGAAAACGGACAUAAAGCAAUCCAAGAUUGAUUAAAAUACGCUCUACGCUGCAUUUCGAGCGAUUUUGAUUAACAAAUCUUUUAAAGUAUCGGUAUUAUUUUACAGUACUUAAGGAGGCCCUCGAUCAAUUUUCAAUGAUUUUAAAACAUUAAAGUAUUAAAUAUUUUAUUUUUGUUGUUUAUUAUACAAAUCGUCUUUAGGCCGAAAACUGCAGUAAGUACCUACUACAAUUAAAAAUGAUUUUGUUUACAAUAGGUAUUCCGCAUAUCAUUUAUAACUUCAUAGUAAUUCCGCUAAGUGUAUUUUGAUGUGAUUUACAGUGGGUACCUAUAUUCAAAACAUGUAAUUUUCACAUAUGUUGUUAUUGGCAAAAUUGGUGGUACUCCCUCACAAAUUGUGAAUUGAAAACAACGGUUAUAUUAAAUCGAGCGAAUAAAAAAUUAAAUAACAAGUGCCUAUGAGAUGCUUUAAUACACAACUUCGUAGCAUUAAAUUGUUUGCGUAAGCAUACAAUUGAUAAAGCGAAAAUUAAGCCCGAAGCUAAUAAAUAUAAACGCUUCGCUUCAAAUAACGUGCUCCUAAGUCUAGUUGUCUCCUUGCUACUAAUAUCUAAUUUAAAAAAUAUAAAUAUUCAUUUGCCAAGCCACCGGGCACUUAAGUUUUAUUGGGUAACUAGCUACCCGAUCCGGCUUUGCACGGAUGCUAUGUAGAUAGAAAUGAUUAAUUAUGAUUAUGACUACUACAGGAUAUAAAGAUUACAUAUCUUUAAAUUUCUUGGCUUUACUAUGAUAAGAUAUAUACUGCAUAAAAACCUUCCUCCAGAAACACUACAUAGUGCUGAAAACUGCAUUAAAAUCCGUUACGUAGUUUAAAAGAUCUAAGCGUACAAACGGCUGGUGCGAUAUAGUUUUAUAAUAUGCAAAGAUUAUUUAUUAGUGGCCGUUUUCAGGAUUUUUUAUGGCCACAAUACAUGCGCUCAUUUAGUAUUUUAGUAAGCCAUGUUCGGUUAUUAAAAUACCAAUAAUAUACUUUCAUAUUGGCUUUAAAUACAAACCUAAAGGAUAUAUUGGAAUAGUUUCAGCCAAUCAUAACGUAUCGUCACUUUUUUACGAUUUUACUACGGUAAACCAUUUGUUUUGUAUUAAAAUAAAUAUAUUUAUUUGUUGCGAUAA